AUGAUGAGUCGUGGUAGUGGAGACCUUGGCGACAUAAACAGCGUGUGGACGACGAUGGAAGUGAGUGGGUGGGGGUACGUCUGUAGUUGUAAGAUGAAUGGUGGACGACGGCAGUGUGUAGGGACGUGGGGUGAGCAGGAAGCUCGAGCGCCGUCGGCAUAG